ACUCGCUGUCAUGCACGGGAGUCUCCAUCUCUGUACCGAUUUUAGGGAAACCUCCAAAAUACUAUCACAAUACUAACUAAUUCCUUCCACUAUUUCACUAUUUUCUCCAACUUCCUCUUCACACUCAACUCCACUUUCACUUCCUUCCCUUUUCCUCUUCAUUAUUCAUCACCAAUCUCAAUCUUCCCUGAAAACCAUGUAAACUCACAUUCAAUUCACCAGAUUCAUCGUGUUCAUAGCGCAAGUUUUGGUAGGUCUUGACUUUAGAUUUCAUUGGAUUCGAUCUCAAUUUUCGCCAUGGAGAUCCGUGCCGACGCUGAAACCGGUCCCUAUUCAAGUUUGGUCGCGGCAGUGUCGUAUGGAAUCGCUUCAAUGGCCAUGGUUUUUAUCAACAAGGCUGUUCUUAUGCAAUAUGCACACUCAAUGACUCUCCUCACUUUGCAGCAAUUGGCGACCGCGUUGCUUAUACAUUUUGGCCGGAGAAUGGGAUACACAAGAGCUAAAGGAGUGGAUAUUGCAACAGCUAAGCAGCUGCUUCCGGUUUCGAUUUUCUAUAACGCUAACGUUGCUUUUGCUUUGGCGAGUUUGAAAGGAGUUAAUAUCCCAAUGUAUAUUGCUAUAAAGAGGCUUACACCGCUUGCUGUGCUUGUUGCUUGGUGUUUCUUAGGAAAGGGGAGGCCUACAACUCAGGUGACUCUUUCAGUGAUACUGAUUGCUGCUGGAGUUCUCAUAGCAGCCCUUGGAGAUUUUUCCUUUGACCUUCUUGGGUAUAGCAUGGCCUUCAUUUCUGUUUUUUUCCAGACCAUGUACCUUGUGCUAGUGGAAAAAUCUGGUGCUGAGAAUGGUCUUUCAUCAGUGGAAAUCAUGUUUUACAACAGCUUUUUAUCUCUUCCAUUUUUGAUGUUUCUUAUCAUAGCAACCGGGGAAUUCCCAAAUUCUUUAUCCAUAUUAUUUGCAAAGAGUUAUUCAGUUUCAUUUUUGGCGAUCCUUAUUCUUUCAUUGGUUAUGGGCAUCGUUCUCAACUACACCAUGUUCUUGUGCACUGUUGUUAAUUCUGCUCUAACUACAACUAUUGUUGGCGUUCUCAAAGGGGUUGGUUCCACGACUCUUGGUUUUGUCUUACUGGAUGGUGUUCAAGUCCAUGCUCUGAAUGUGUCUGGAUUGGUUAUCAAUACUGCUGGUGGUGUUUGGUAUUCAUAUGCUAAAUAUCAGCAGAAAAUGAGUAAGACAGUGAAGCUAGUUACAGACGUGGAGGCUCAUCGCACAUAGACAGUGGCAUUCAGGAGUUGUGAUGAAAAGCAGCAGUUAUAUAGCGCAUGUUUCGAUGUGCGUCCAACUUCCACGUCUACCUUAUAAAUUGUGUUGAUCCAUAAGCUACAGGGUGUGGCUUCUUCGGUUGAUAUACUCGAUUAUCAAUGAAUGCGACGCAGAAACAAACGCUGUAAUGUUUCUUUACUUUGAUUUACUAUGGUUGUAAACAUUAGUUUCUUUUCCUCUUAUAAUCCAUCUAUAUGUAAAAGCUGAAACACAAGUAAUGGAGCUGCCACAUCUUGUUUUGCCCAUAUCGAACCUUAAUAGAAGUUUUCCGAGGGCCAUGUUUCUGGCACGGUGAACA